AUGCAGAGGUCGGGUUGGAACCACGGAACUUUCGGUUGGUGGGUUCGCGGUCUAACCGUCUCGGGGUCGAACGAGUAUCAUAAAGCAAUCUGGACCGCAGAAGGAUGGGUGCCUCGUUCCAGCGACCGUGUAAUGCUGGAUACCCUAUCCAAACCUACAGAUGUUUAUCGGAGAAAAAACCAUCCGCGUAACCUAUCGAGUGGCAUUCCGGCAUUCAAGAGUUCUCCAACCGCGAUUAAGGGCAAUCACCGGGACUAUCGCCAUUCACCUGCGCAAACACAAACGAAUUAUCCAGCAGUAGCUCCCUUUCGGUGUCAAGCUGCCAUACCACAAGAAGGAGGCACGAGGGCUGUGAUACUGCCAGGUUGCCCAAGCCUAGACAGAGGAUGUCGAGAGGCAGAGGUCGGAUUCGAACCACGGACCUUCCGGUCAGUAAAUUCGCCUCUAAUCACAUGGUCCAUCUCGCCCCCUUACGAUAAGAAGGAAGACGUGACACUGACUUUCACACUUUGUAGAUCCGCGAGGCUGUUCAGCUUGUCUUACUAG